GGCACCUGGCCACCAUGUGGAUGCUCGUGCCCAUCGCUUUUGCUGGAAAGCUGCUGAGCGCCUUCAGGAAGCCUCUGAGCUCUCUAUGGGGCAGCGUGGUCCCCUGGUUCUUCUGGCUCAGGCCAGCUCUCUGGCUGGCAAGGGGCAAGAGCACCUGGCCGCUGCAGCUGGGCCAGGGUGAACUGCAGGAGGGCAGAGGGGAGGAGGAGGAGGGCCCGGACCAGCCCACCACGCCCACCAGCGUCAACUACCACUUCAUCCGCCAGUGCAACUAUAAGUGUGGCUUCUGCUUCCACACGGCCAAGACAUCGUUUGUGCUGCCCCUGGCCGAGGCCAAGCGAGGGCUGCGGCUGCUGCAGGAAGCCGGGAUGGAGAAGAUAAACUUUUCAGGCGGAGAGCCGUUUAUUCAUGACCGGGGCGAGUACCUGGGCAAGCUGGUGCAGUUCUGUAAAGAGGAGCUGCGGCUGCCCAGCGUGAGCAUCGUGAGCAACGGGAGCCUGAUCCGGGAGCGCUGGUUCCAGAACUACGGUGAGUAUCUGGACAUCCUUGCCAUCUCCUGUGAUAGCUUUGAUGAGCAAGUCAAUGUCCUCAUCGGCCGUGGUCAAGGAAAGAAGAACCACGUGGAAAAUCUUCAGAAACUGAGGGCGUGGUGUCGAGAUUAUAGAGUGGCCUUCAAAAUAAAUUCUGUCAUCAAUCGAUUCAAUGUGGACGAGGAUAUGAGGGAACAGAUUCAAGCCCUGAACCCUGUCCGCUGGAAAGUCUUCCAGUGUCUCCUGAUUGAGGGGGAGAAUUCUGGAGAGGAUGCUCUGAGGGAAGCGCAGCAAUUCGUUAUCAGUGAUGAGGAAUUUGAAGGAUUCUUAGACCGCCACAAAGAGGUGUCCUGUUUGGUGCCCGAGUCUAACCAGAAGAUGAAAGAUUCCUACCUUAUUCUGGAUGAGUAUAUGCGCUUCUUGAAUUGUAGGAAUGGGCGGAAGGACCCUUCCAAGUCGAUCCUGGAUGUCGGGGUAGAAGAAGCUAUCAAAUUCAGUGGAUUUGAUGAAAAGAUGUUUCUGAAGCGAGGAGGAAAAUAUGUAUGGAGCAAGGCAGAUCUGAAGCUGGACUGGUAGAGCCGAAAGCGCAGCAAGCUUCAACCCACCCCUGGGGACUCUUGCUCAGACUCAAGGUGUGGCAACUUCCGGCAGUGGCGCUUCCUGUAGGCAUUUUGCAGUGACCCCAGAUGUGAUUUUCUGUUGCACAGGCUCUCCGAUUAUCUGUGGUAACUGAACACACAAAUCACUUGGGUAAUUGAAAUCCAUGAUAAUGCAAAACCAUUAACUUUAGUUAAUUCGCUUAUUUAGGAUUUAGUUCUUUGAGCAGUGUUUUCUGUGACUCCUAUGUUCCCCAAUUUUGAUGUUAUUUUUUCCAGUCCUUUCAUUUGAUAGACUCAGGGUUAUUUUCUGCUAAAUAUUGAGAUGCCAAUUUUCAUACCCAGAGCAAUUACAAACGCUCUCCCCCAAUUAUUCUGCUUGUUGCAACGCUCUUUCCUUUCUGUCUUUCUACCACUGAAGUCUUGGACUUUUUACCCAGAAGUCUAGAAAUAGUCAGCAGAUGUUUCAAAGAGUAGGAAAUGAUCAUCUCAUCAGUUUUCAGUAAGUACCUAGAAGGAGAUCGUUCGUCUGCCUGCGCUCUGCGCGACCCCUGGCCCAUGUUGACUACUCCAUGAACGUGAGCUAUCUCUGCUGCUCUCCUUCUUCUUCCAAGAGUCUCAGCAAAACCAACAAACCCUUUACAUCUUGUGCCAAAGUUGACACGGGGUCGGUGUUUGGGUUGCCUAUGAACCUGUUACUCCUGCCACCUGAGUCUGCCUAGCAACAAUGCAUGAAUUCAUUUGAACACAGUUGUCCCCACAUCUCUGAGAGAUGACACCAUAUGGCUCAGAUGGUUAAGCCUUCAGCUCAGGUCAUGAUCUCCAGGUCCUGGGAUCGAGCCCCAUAUCGGG